AUGCUACGAUGCGGUGGGUUGGCAAGGAAAGGAUCUUCAUUUGAACCUUUCUAUAGGAGGUUUCAUAACAGUCAUUUCAUUUCAAAUAGGGGAGUUACACAUAUAAAAGAUACAAAUUCUGUACAAGAAAAAUUGAAGAAAGAUGGACAUUUCACUUCAGAGCAAUCUCAAGUUCUCAUAGAUAUAAUGACUGAUGCAAUACAUAGUGGUAUUGUUCAUGUUUCCAAGGAUUUAGCCAAGAGAGAAAGAUUGAUUCAGUUGACAUACCAGCAACGCGUUGAUUUUGCUAAGUUGAAAGAUCAAUUGUUAAGUUCAGAUAGAAAAGAAUUUUAUAAUCUUCAAAAUGAGUAUGAAAGAGUUCAUAACGAUUUGGAGAAGAUGAAAACUAAAUUGAAGGAGGAUAUAAUUAAAUCAAAUGCAGGGUUUAAGUUGGAUUUAUCGCUCGAAAAAGGGCGUAUUAAAGAUGAGAGUACAAAAUUUGAUUUACAAAUUAAAGAAAUUGAUUCUAGAAUAGAUAAAGAAGUGACGAAUAUGAAGAUGCAGAUUGAUUCAGUGAAAACGCAAGUCAUGCAGUGGUUAAUUGGUGUUUGUACUGGUACAUUCGCUUUGGUAUUAGCGUAUUUAAGGUUAUUAUCAUAG